AUGGCACCUUACCAAGACUCUCCCCAUACCGCUGGAGAUGGGUCAUCUCCCAGACCUUCGUCUGUAUCAUUCACAGAUGAAGUGCAUCGCAACACAAACAUAUCCAACCAGCAGCCCGGUAGCCUCCUGAACGAUGACUCUAUAAGUGACUAUACGAUCAUCCCCGCCGAGGAGGAGUCCCGAGAUGAGGUCAACGGGCUUCCGUCAGCUAGUCCGAGGGGCACCGACAAGGAAGAUCUCAAUCAAACUGAGAAGAACAGCCUACUUUAUAAGCCUCUCGGCAGAGUUUCAACCUUGAAACAAUGGAACCUCGAGUUUGCAGCACUUUUGACCUCCGUGAUUGCCUUCAUCGUAAUGGUUAUCCUCUUGGUCGUUAGUAAUGGCAAACCACAACCGACCUGGGCGUAUAGUGUGAGCAUCAACACACUUGUUGCCAUAUUGACCACACUCCUAAGAGCUGCGAUGUUAUUCGUACUAUCAGAAGUCAUUGGACAAGCCAAAUGGUUAUGGAUGGCAGCGCCGCGGCCACUUCGUCAUGUGGAACAUUUUGACAACGCUGGUCAAGGUGCCUGGGGAUCAUUGAAAUUUCUGUUGAACAUCCGUAAACCGUAUGUCAUACCCUGA